UAUAUGUGCUAAUAACAUAAGCUGCAGAACAAGUUUUGUUUCCUUUGUCUCCUGUUUCCUGCCAUGUUGAAAGUCUGCCAGCUGCUAAUCAAACACUAACCGAUGGUUCCAUUGUCUGUGUAGAGAUGCGGUCUACCCAGCAGUGUUUCUGGGUGGGUGUGGUCUUGUUAUCUUUGGCGCUGUCUGCUGUGGCGUUCUCCCGCGGCGCCAGCCACGCCUCUUGUCGGGAGAUGAUUCCCGGCCACAUCCGCGCUCAACCGCAGGACCUGCAGCGCCGCCACGUCACCCUGCACACCUCCGCCUCUUCUUACCUGCCUGGACAGCUGGUCACAGUAACUGUCCGAAGUUCUCGGGACUUCAUGGGUUUCCUGCUGCAGGCUCGCAGUGUGAAGGACGCCGGGGUCGAGGUCAGGUCGAUGAGAAUGGGCCCGGUUCUGUUGGGUGGCUCCUGGACCCUAACGCCCCCCGGCACUCACACCCUGCGCUGCCUCUCGGAGGGCGACACCCUCACGCACUCUGACAAACAGCUGAAGAGAAACCUCUCGUUUGUGUGGAGGGCUCCUGAUGCACCCAUGGGAGACAUCAGGUUCUACAUCACGGUGGUGCAGUCUUACUUUGUGUACUGGGCAGGUAUUGAGUCUGGAGUGGUGCGUGAUGGGAGUCGUAGUCCUUGGAGAGGGACUAACAUCACAGGGGUGGAUGGAGGGAAGUCAAUUUUUGCACCACAGGAAGAUAAAGUUACUGCUCUGCCAGGAAGCUCUUCUAGUCUAACCGAGGACCCCAAGAGCACGUUUGUCUCAUCCAACCACCCCCCUCCCUUGGACUCUUUCGCCUCAGCUGAGACUAAAGGGAUGGAGGCUACCACAACUCUUCUGCCAAACACCACAGUGCAAAACUCAACCAGUCCUCUUUUCAUGCUGCACCCCAUUUCCCCUUUGGAUGAUGGACCCUCUCCAGCUCCCCUUCGCUCUCUCUACAACCCUCUCACUUCUACCUCUUCCCCUGUGCCUUCCCAACAGCUAACCCUAGGUGAAAGGUUGCCAAUCAAGAACAACAUUGCAUCAUUUGAUCCUGAGCCCAGCCUCAACCUACCAACACCAAGAACAGUUGUUCACCCAAACCCAGAACCACAUCCAAAUCUUGACCCAAACUUAAAACUAAAUCUUGGCCAUGAGUUGAAACCAAACCUUCCCAAGACCGAUACCAAACUGAAACGUCCUUCCAAUCCCCCUAGAACUCCAGACAAGGAAGGGAAGUAUCCAGAUAUUAUCCCCAGACACAGUGCCUGGGAGCUGGGUAUGCUGCUGGGCUGCUCAGCUGGUUUGGGCAUGGUGCUGGUGGUCGGGGUGAGGUACAUGUACCGUCAGGCCUGUGGCAAACGGACAGAGGUGACGCUGAACGACAGGGAGAGAGAGUAUGGGAGAGGAGAGAGAGGGCUGCUCCAUGUCCAGGAGUGUGGAGAUUUGGUCAGAGUCCGGAGAAUCAGAGACAACAGUUUUGUGCUCCUGGCAGAGUACGAUAUUCUAGCUUCGCCUGGAGACUGAAUGCUGUCAAGAUAGAUUGUUUUAGACUUACAUAUUUCUUAAAAUCAGAG